GUCUUUCAAGUCAGCUGUCUAAUUUGCACAGUCGCAGUGAUACAAUAAAUUUAUUGUGGUUUUGAUUAUAAAUCUAGUUUUAACACAAGAAACUGACCUUGUGGUCGUAUGUUAUUUAUUUUUUGUAUCAAACAGUUACUACAAUAUAUUAGAUGUCAGUGAAAAACACAACAAACUGCCAAUAGUGUUUUCGUGAGAAGAUUAUUAUUACAGGUACACCAUGGACUGGAGGACUUCCUUACUUCUCUUCGCGUUAAUAUACUUCGCUGACGGAUAUUCGAAAUAUGGGCGCACUUGCAGAGACAUUGGGUGUCUUAACAGCGAAGUGUGUGUGUUAGCAGAGGACGCGUGUUCCUUCGGACAGACAUCCAACUGUGGAACAUAUCCCACCUGCAAGAAGAAGUCCCAAGUUGAAGGAUCGCACUCCGAGCCAGCUAAGCCGUCAGCUCCGAAGCCAGUGCCGCAGUCACCGACUAGAGACGACUCUCCGCCGAGCUAUCCCGCCCCCGCCCCGCCCACUAACAACAACUCGCCGUAUGGUGGCAGCGGUGGGAGCACUUUCGGUGGCAGCGGUGGGAGCACUUUCGGUGGCUCCAACCCAUAUGGUGGCAGCGGUGGGAGCACCUUCGGAGGCUCGAACCCCUACGGUGGAAGCAGCCCCUACGGUGGUAGCAACCCCUACGGUGGCAACUCGCCGUAUGGAGGUCAUUCUAGCGGGGGAAAUUCUCCGUAUGGAGGCAACUCACCUUAUGGCGGCAGCUCGGGCGGCUCCACUUUUGGAGGAUCCAACCCGUACGGUGGCACUGGGGGAUCAACUUUCGGAGGCUCCAACCCCUACGGUGGAAACUCGCCCUACGGAGGCAGUUCGCCCUACGGCGGAUCUUCGAACCACGGCGGCUCCAGUUCCACUGGCGGUUUCGGUUUUGGAGGCUCCGGAGGCAAGAGUCCAGUAGACAGCAUCCUGAGCACGCUGAACAACUUCGCCAAGGGCCAGGGUGGCCAGGGCGGAUCCCUCUCCAGCAUCUUCGGCAACGUCCUCGGUAAUUUGUCCAAAAGCGGCAAUCUGAAUAGCCUCUUCAACACCAGGCCCAUCAUGGAGAAUCCCAACUACUCGUCAUACUCUAACCCCCGAAAUUCUCCAUCAGGCAACCCGCCGGUGCAGCCGCCCAACCAGAAUAGGAAUUACAACAAGAAUUACGCCCAACACAGUGGCGCCACCACUAAUAAGCCGGUUUCCUACGGCUGGAACGUUGGCGUGACAAUGCUUGUGACGUACCUCAUACAACAGUACUUCCAGUGUUUUACCGUCUGAUACUAUUUAUUGUGCCUUAACAUUGUUUAAAUGUUCUAAUAAAUGUUACCAUAAUA